UCAUAUUCCUUCUCUUUGUCAUUCCUCCAUUUUCAUCUCUCUCAAAACUUUCAUUCACUUUCUUGGAUCUGUAACUCUGCAACUCUUUGCUCAUCUUGUUCCUCACACAAUCUCAUGAUUCUAAUUUCUUCUUCUCUUCUUUCAUACGCAACAACAGGUUAACAUAUCUAGCAAUUACUCAGGAUGCGUUCAUCGAGCUCAUUGAAGCGGGAGUUUCUGAAGAAAUGGAUAUUGGGUCUCCAGGUAUGUAAUUCUUCGAAGAAUAUGAGCGUUUUCGAGAGAAAGAAGGCGAUAAAGCUAUCGGCGGACGUGGCGAUGGCGUCUGCCAGAAAAGGUAAAACUUGUUGGAGCCGUGCUUUGAUUGCUAACGCUUCAAGCAACGAAAAUGGCGAAGAAUUAGUCAAAAAAAUUCUGGGUUCUGAUUACGAGAAGCUAAAGAGGAAUUCAACAGUGAGCAGGAGGAGGACGAGAUGCAGGAAGAUCUUGAAGAGGAGCUACAAUAGAAUUCGAAAAGCGAUGAAAAGAUCAACACCUUCUCGAGCAAAACGUUUCGACUCUUCAUCAGUUGCGAAGAAAAUGAUUAAAAAGAGAACACAAGUGUUGAAAAGCUUAGUCCCGGGUGGAGAAUCCAUGGAUGAAGCACUGUUGAUUGAAGAAACCCUAGAUUACAUAAUGUCGGUUCGAGCUCAAAUAGAUGUAAUGAGGAGUUUUGCCAACGCCACUGAGACAAAAAACCCAAGAGAAGAUCAACAAUGGUGAACAAACAGUAGAUUCUCUCUAUUUAAUUCCGAAUAUUAUUACAAUUAAUUACCUUUUACUUUCCUCAAUUUUAUCUCCCUUUUUUGCAAGAAUAUAGAUAGAUAGUUAUCAUGAAGUUGCCUCUAGGUAUGUAAAUAUGAACUCUAUAAAUUUAUAAAUGUUACUUUACUUAA